UUUCAGUCUUUCAACAGUCUUCCUUUCCACUCCUACCACUGCCCUUGCUCCACUUCUCUUUGGAUUCCAUCUCCACCUUUCAUACAAACCAACGCUUCCCUUCAUAUUCCAUCACAUUUCAUUAGCUUACCCAUGUCACCUUCCGCCAAUUGUCCUCGCUGUAACCCAUCACUCAUUGGAGAAGCUAAACAACAGGACCAACUCUUCAGCGCCGCAAGAGACCGCUUAAACAAGCUCACUGAACACAUCAAAAGCCUCAUGAAAAUUACCGAAAUCGAGUGUGAAAAAAAGAAUGCAAUACGGCGUCUAAUGCUCUUCCUGUAUCGAAAUAGAGAGGCCCUUAAUGGGGAAGAUGCCAGCCUGAGCGUUGAUGAACCCACAACUAGCCAUCUCCUCUUCCUGCUGGACACCGUAUUCUUCAAUGGCGAGAUGCCAAGAUUCAUCUUCCGCUGGGAAGAUCCUUUGAAAUAUGAAGAGGAAGUAUACAAUCUUACGCAGAGCCAGGAUCUCCUCAUGGUGGGUGCGACUUACUAUAUGGGCGACUGGCUUCAGCAAAGAAGACAAUUUUGGGCCAGGCAGGACCUUCAGAGCGCGCCAGAAUAUCCUGAGCUCUCCUCAGAUAACAAUACUCCCCAGAUAUAUGUGGAUCCGUCUAAAUUCAGCCAAUCGCCCACGGGUGACGGGUGCAAGGAGCACCUUCUUCGGGGAGUGCACAGGAUUAGUGUAAUCCUCCAUGAGAUGAUACAUGUGUGGCUCUGGCACUACGCACCCUAUAAGGAGAUCUCAGCUAACCAUGGUAUCGGGUUCGUCGAGAUAGGAUGCCUCUUAGAGGAAGUGGGUUCGGAGCUGUUAGAUGUCGUUCUGGGGGGCGAGUUGCAAGUCGGCUACUGGGGACACGUAAAUGAGAAGCUUACCCCGUUGGAGGAAGACGACGAUGACGAUGGGAGUUGUGAUACAUGUGUUGAAGUGGCGAGAAUUAUGAGGAUAGGGGGAUUGCAAGAGGAAUACAAAGUAUAUCUAGGUUCAAGUUGA